GAAAAAUAAAAUAAAUAAAAAGAAGGGGAGAAAAAAGAGCAGAGGAAAAAUAUGGCAGAAGAAUACCAUUCGAAGGAUUUCGAAUUGGAGGAAGUUGAAGAAGAAAUCAAGAACGAUCCAUCUCUUCACUACCAUCUCUCCCCCUUCUCUCCCCCCUCCUCCUCGUCCUCCUCCUCCUCCUCCUCAUCAUCAUCAUCAUCAGAGCCAUGGAGGAGCUUCCACCGCCGCCAUUCCUCCGGCAAAUUCUUCAAGGAGAGGAGGUACUUGCUGAAAGAGUUCCCUGAGUUGGGAGCUUGUGUUGAUUCCGCCAAGGUUUUGGAGGUUGGAUGUGGAAAUGGGAGCACUGUUCUUCCCAUUUUGCGGGCAAACAAAGACAUUGUUGUCUAUGCUUGUGAUUGUAGUCCUGAGGUACUUGAAAUAGCAAAGGAGAUGAUAGAUACAACAAAUUCAGUCUCGAUCAAGUAUCGAUUUCAUCCAUUUUUACUUGAUGUUUCUUUAAAUGCAUUUCCCAACUGGCUGUUCUGCAUUAAUUGUCAGAAGACAUCAUUGACAAAGCAUGUUGACUUUUUAUCAGACUUCACGAGAUUAAAUGAGCCGCCUCUCUUAAGAGGUUCCCAGUGUUGUAUUGGUGGGGUUGAUUUUAUUACUUUGAUAUUCACUUUGUCAGCAGUACCAUUUGAGAAGAUGUCAUAUGUCAUUGAAGGAUGCCUCUCUGUUUUAAAGCCUGGGUGUUUGCUUCUAUUCAGAGACUAUGGACUUUAUGACAUGACGAUGCUUCGGUUUCCACCUGAACAAAGGUUGGGAUUCAGGGAGUACAUGAGGUCAGACGGUACUCUUUCUUAUUUCUUUUCACUGGAAAUUGUGCGGGACCUUUUCCUUCAUGCUGGAUUCAUAGAGUUGGAGCUUGAGUAUUGUUGUGUGAGAUUAGUGAACCGCCGAAGUGGGAAGAAGAUGCAAAGGAUUUGGGUUCACGGAAAAUUUCAGAAACCCACACUUGAAUGAACAACGCUGUUUAGUGCCAGGGGGCAGAGGGGUGGAGCUACCCUAUGGAAGUGGUGUCUUGUGACGCAACUUCCCUAAGGGGUGUCUUGUGAAUUGUGAUGCAACUUCCCCAAGGGUUCCUUAUACGUUUUACAGCUUUCAAUAUGCCUCAAUCCCCAUUUGAGGAAACCAUGUCCGUUCACCUGGCUUAAGCCCAGAGACGUGACAUUCAACAAAAACCACAAUAACACAUGUUCAGCGGGCCCAUAUCCUGAACUAACUGACAAGGUUGUUAGCUCAUGCUGGUGACGUUUUUUGGAAUAACUUAAAUCUUCUCAUCAUAGGUAAGGUAUAUUGUCAAUAUUUUCUUCCCCUAGUAUGCAUAAGAAGUUGAGCUCCCUUGGCAUAUAUAUAUUAUCAAUGGGCUGAAGUUACUACAUGCUUCUCUAUUUGAUAAUGUUGCUAAGGAUGUAUCUGCUAGUGUUAUCAAUGACGUGAUUUUGUAUUCUUUUUUUCAAAAUAUGUAAACCCCUCAGGUACAAUUGUACAGUUUUUUAAUUAUUUAUUAUGUGGUGACACCACCUCCAUAAAACCUGGAUCUGCCAUUGGUAGUGCCAUUCCCCCAAGCUAACUCUCAGACCAUUAUGAUUGAGUAUAUCCACCCUUAACUCUUUUGCAGAUCGAAGGAUAGCUAAUAUAUUUAUGGUGUUAAGUACCCAGGUUUAGCUGAUAAUAUGAGCUUAUAAAAUAUCUUGGAGCCGAGAGUGAACCUUCAAUAUGGUUACCGGAUGAAAUGACUAAUGCAUUGACAAAAGUUCACAGUAAAUCAGUGCCAUACUUUAAUUGGAACCUGAGAUAUUCCAUCUUGUAAGUGUUGUGGUGUACUUGUGGUUCCCAACAUCUAUAUCAUUGAGACCCUUCAGGGGCUAACAUAAUUUCAGCAAAUUGUUGAUUGCAGUUUAUUUCUAAAGCCACAGGUUGGGUAGUUUUCUGGAAUAUAUUGCGUAAUCUUUAACUUGAAAUAUGCCUUUGCUUAGGACUUAGGAGUCCGGAUACUCACAUGAACGAAGUAUGUUAAUCAUAAAUGUAAAUUUUCAUUUGGUUUCUUUUAACAUACAUUUCAGUGUGGUAACUAGAGCGCAGGAACACAAAUUUGCUGUGCUUUUCGAGCAUACACAUCAUUUUCAGAAAGAAUUAUUAUGGAGGGAAUUUGAAGGGGUGGAUUUUAUUGGAAGGAAGAAAAAAGGGAGAUAUUCAUUUGAAUGAGUUAAAUCCUCAGGGGAGAAUCUCCAGAUUAUCUUGGAAAACAAGAUUCUUGAUUCAAGCCUUACUAGUGUGCACCCCGUGCAAAGCAUGACCCUCUAUUUUUUUAAGUAUUGCAUUUUGAACUUACCUCCCUCUAAGUUUUAAUUCAUUUAAUUUAGUUAUUGUAUACUUAAAAUUAGAAAUCAUAUCUACUCAUCUAUACCU